AUGUGCGCGUGUCGGCAAAAAAAAUCGUUUUUCAUCGAAGACAUUCUACAAGAUACAACGAAGAACAAAACAUACAAGAACUUAAGUAAUGAACCGUCGAAACCGCUUCUUUGCAACAGCACUCCUAAAACGGACAACGAGGACAAACAAAGCGAUGCAAAACAUGAGAACGGUGCCAAUGAUGAAAAAAUCAUCAAAUUUAACGUUAUACGCGAAGUACAACACGAAAUGGAGCUGAAUAAAGUUAAUUUGGAACAGAGAAGGAACACGUACCCAUUAUACCCUACGCCGAUGAAAGCUAACCUUUCGUGGACACGCUACAGAGCGAAGGACCCAGUAUCGUACCCUGUACAGCCCCGGCACUCGUUCAGUUAUUACAGCGAUCCAAUGCUUAAUUCCGAUCAAAUCUUGAGAAACCAAUUAGCAGCGAAUAGAUUUGUAUCACAUCCGUUUACAAUACGACAGACUUAUGGAUAUGAUAGAGUACUACCGUCAUGCUGUAGUCCCUGGUGGGGAUUGGGCGGUAGACGGAAAGGUGGGCAGGUGCGCUUCAGUGCGUCUCAAACUGGGGCAUUAGAGCGUAGAUUCAACGCCAGCAAAUAUCUCAGUCCGGACGAGAGAAGAGCACUGGCAGCAUCAUUAAGACUGAGUGAUCGUCAGGUGAAGACAUGGUUUCAAAAUCGCCGCGCGAAAUGGAGAAGAACAGCUCCAGAUUCAGCUGAUCCGGGCAGUCCGCCGACCGCCGACGAAGACUCUGAUGAGGAAAUUCAAAUAGCUGACGACGAAUGA